CCGAAUGAGCGUCGGUUCAGGUGAUUUCUCGCUCUGUGUGUUUUAUUGCAGCCAAAGUUAUCCAGAGCAGCAGUCCAGCAGCGGCAGGACCGGGGUGACAGCUGUGAACCUGGAAUGACACAAGCGGCCCACAAAACACAGAGGCACAUCAGGACAUGAUUAGUAGGGGACUUUCACAACUCUGGAUAUUCCCUCAGCCAAAAAUGCGUGAUCACAACAAAUCAAUGGACACAAUAUGAAGAUACUGCAAGUGGAUGGGACAGAAGAGGAUGAAAAAACAGGACUUUAAAAGACAUUUAUAUUAAUACUUAUAGAGUAAUGUGUUGCUCACCUAACUGUUGGUGCUACAUUUCACUCCUCAAGUGUUUAGGAUUUGUUUAAAACGAAAGGUGUUGUCCGACAUGUUGAAACGGUGGCUGCUAGCCCUGGUGGCUCGUGUUGGCCUCAUCGUGUUGGGCUUCUGCUGCGUUCUGCUGAUGUUGUACCUCCUGGCCUGCAAGCCCGCGUCUCACAGCAAGCAGCAGUCUCCGCUGUGGUCUGGAGGGGCCAGCAGUAAGGAGGGGUACAUGGCCUUGCUGCAGGAAAGAGAGGACUCUCACAGACAUUAUAUCAACAGUCUGACAAAGCAGAUUUCUCAACUGAAAGAAGCGCUCCAGGAGAGGACGCAGCAGCUCCACGAGUCCCUGAGCAAAGCUAAAACUAGAGGGAUUCUGCCUCAGGGUCUGGAGAGCCUGCACAAAAUCCCAACACAGAUAAACCUGAAGGAGUUCUUCCGCUCCCAAAUGAACCAGGCUGAGGUGAACUCAGGCGUGAUGCUGCCCAAUGAAUAUGCACUGAUUCCCUAUGACACCUUCACCCUGCAGACGGUUUACCAGCUGGAAAUGGGGCUGACGAGACACCCUGCCGAGAGGCCUGUGAGGAAAGACCGCAAAGAUGAGCUGAUUAGUACCGUGGAAACAGCUCUGCACGUGCUGAACGGACCCCAGCUAUAUACAGAAAACAGCAGGCGUAAACAUACAUACUCCCCUUCAGACUUCAUACAGGGGCUGACUCGGACUGAGCAGGAACGAGGAACCGUCUAUGAUCUUGUGUUUAAAGGCGAUGGCCCACGGGACUUCACACAGCUUGUACUCUUCAGGGCUUUUGGGCCAGUGAUGAAGGUCAAGAGCGAAAGUGUGAACACGCACAACAUGAUCAUCAAUAUCAUUGUUCCGCUGUCCAAGAGGUUGGACGCAUUCAGACAGUUCAUGAACAACUUCAGAGAAGUGUGUAUCCAGCAGGAUGGCCGAGUUCACCUCACUGUUGUCUACUUUGGUCGAGAUCAGAUCGACCAGGUGAAAUCUGUGCUGGAUCAGACCACCAGGGAGACUCAGUUCAGAAGCUUCACGUUGAUCCAGAUGAAUGAGGAGUUUUCUCGUGGGCGAGGCCUUGAAGUGGGUGCGAGAGCUUGGAGGCGACGGCAGAACGUGCUGCUCUUCUUCUGUGACGUUGACAUCCACUUCACCACGGACUUCUUGACUUCUUGUCGUCUGAACGCAGAGCCCGGAAAGAGAGUGUACUACCCGAUACUCUUCAGCCAGUACAACCCAUCAAUCAUCUACAGCAAUAGCACACUUGUACCUCCUCUUCAACAGCAACUGGUGAGGAAAAAGGAAAAUGGGUUCUGGAGAGACUUUGGGUUUGGCAUGACAUGCCAGUACAAGUCUGAUUUCAUCAAUAUAGGUGGGUUUGACCAUAGCAUCAAAGGCUGGGGGUUGGAGGACGUGCAUCUGUACAGGAAGUACCUUCACAGUAAGCUGAUGGUGGUCCGCGCUCCAUCUCGUGGCCUUUUCCACUUGUGGCAUGAGAAGAGCUGUGCAGAUGAGCUUCCCCCAGACAAGUACAAGAUGUGCAUGCAGACCAAGGGCAUGAGCGAAGCCUCGCACGGCCAGCUGGGGGAGCUCUUCUUCAAACAGGAGAUCCAGCUUCACUUGGACUCUCGGAAAAAACUGACAGUGGGACGUGACUAAUAUAAUCUAGUUAAGAGUGGUAAUGAGGAAUUAUUUCUGGCUGGUAAACAUGUUUUCAUGACUUUCAUUAUUUUAAUUCAAGUUAUGGAGUCAGAAGUAAGUGAAAAGGUCUUUUAAUAUUAAAAGGUGUUUUGGGAUUGUCACAGAAACUUGAAAACAUCAGAAUAGUUUGUGUUGGAUUUUAGUUUAAUAAAAUUAAGAUGGACACAAUUUAUUCUGUCGAUUCUUGAUCCUGAAAUAUUACCCACACACGCAUGCACCAAUAUAGCACAAAUAAGCACAGCUUCUAAAAAUAAUCUCUUCCUUCUCAUGUAGAAACAAAGAAUAGUGAAGUGAAAGACAUGAAGCAGGUCUUUUUCAUCUUGUUACUCUUGUUCUCACAUUAUGUUUAUGCACUGGUGUAUUUUAAAUAUCAUUCUGAUUAAAGCCUAUAUUUCUGAAUAAUACUCUGUUCCAGGAGGAACUCCCCAGACCAGAGAUAUGCAGAUGCUUCCUUGGAAAUUGCCUUCACGCUUUAUUUCCAAUAGAGAAACAUUUUUAAACCAUUGUGACAAUUGAUAAAAUAGAUCAGCACAAAUAAAUGAUAAAUUGCAAACACAUAAAACCAUCAAAUACAACACUGUAGUAUUAAUAAUUGAUAAAUAAUUGCUUUUUAACUGAUUACUGAAAUCUGCAAAAGUUAAUAAAGAUGACUA